CUGGUCCGUAUUUAGCUAAGUGCCAAGGAAUAAAGAAUCGCCAGGCUCUGCCCUCCGGGGAGCUGGCAAACUGCAGAUGGGUGGCUGGCAGGCCCAGGAUGGGCCCAGCAGUGGAGCAGGGACACAUGGAGGGGUGCACAGACUCCCCUAGAAGACUGAGAGCCACCCCCCAGGGGCAUCCACCAAGGGCCCCAGCUGUGCCGCCCAAGCUGGGCAGCCUUCAAGCCUUAGUGGCCCAGCUGAUAAGAGCCCACCCUCCCCCAGGUCCCCAGAGAGCUGGUGCCUCCCCUGGGCCCCGAUUUGCAUGGCAGGAAGGGGCCUGGUGGGGAAGAGGCGGGGACGGGACAGGCUGCAGCCGGAGCAGUUACACGUUUCCCCCGCAAGAGUCUCGGACAGACUUGUCACGGGCUUGAGGCUAGGGACGGAGUGGUGACCAUGGCCGGGCUGGUGUUGUCUCCUGUGCCCAGAAACUGGCUGGUGGUGCUGCUGCUGCUUCUCUCAGCCCAGACUGUGCCGGUGGCCAAAACACAGGACCUGUACCAGAAUCCCAAAGGAAGUGCUUGUUCCCGGAUCUGGCAGACCCCACGUUUCAUGGCCAAGAAACGGGGCUACACAGCAAAAAUACAUUGCUACACGGACGGCACCUCCGGCAUGGUGAGCUGGCUGCGGAAGCAGGAGGCGGACCCGGAGCCCCAGCCGCUGCGCCUGGAGGAGGGACGCAUGCUGCAGACCCAGAACCGCUCCGUCUUCACCCUCACCAUCCAAGGCGCCCAGUUUGAGGACAACGGCAUCUACUUCUGCCAGCAGGAGUGCACGCGGGGCUCCUUGGAGGUCUACCUGGGCUGCGGCACGGAGCUGCGAGUCAUGGGGUUCAGCACCUUGGCGCAGCUGAAGCGGCGCAACACGCUGAAGGACGGCAUCAUCAUGAUCCAGACCCUGCUCAUCAUCCUCUUCAUCAUCGUGCCCAUCUUCCUGCUGCUGGACAAGGAUGAAGGCAAGGCCGGGAUGGAGGAGGAUCACACCUACGAGGGCCUGAACAUCGACCAGACAGCCACCUACGAGGACAUAGUGACUCUGCGGACAGGGGAGGUGAAGUGGUCUGUGGGGGAGCACCCAGGCCAGGAGUGAAGGCAGGGCCCUCCCCACGCCCAGGCUCAGCCCCCUGGGCCUCAGUGACUGCUUUGGAGCCGCCUGGCUCACAGCCCACCCCCUGGCCCCCGGCGGCCUCUGAAGCCGGCCCGCCAGAGUGGCCUCCCUGCUCCAGCCCCCGGGCCACAGCUCUCGCCAAAGGGCUGGAGUCGAAGGGCAACCAGGCGGUGCCGUGGAGGGAUUCUCCGGGGACGGACUGGCCCUGGCUUCCAAGGGUGCUAGGGGGGUCCACCCCACGCGUGGGACCGUGAAGACACAGACUGGGGUGGAUCCUACAGAUGGACUCAGAGCAGAUCGGCUUCCUGAAGGGCCGUAGCCCUUCACUGGGCCCAGAAGGGCCACCGAGAACGUCAUUCCUCUCUCCCAACCUCUCCCACCCUAGCGGGCCCCUGGCCUCGAGCCCAUUCUCCUGUGGAAUAAACAGUGUGUUUUGAGAAACCA